AUGGCUUCCAUUCCUCCUCGGGUGCAGCUGCUGGAGUUGGUCGUCGUCGUCCUCCAACAAGCGGCCGCCGCGAUGGUGGCCACAUUCCCUGGGGACGCGGCGGCGCUCGCGUCGCUGAAGUCGGCCGUGGACGCGGCCUCCGUGCCGGCCUACUCCUGCCUCGCGUCGUGGGACUUCGCCCGCGACCCCUGCGCCGUGUUCCCCUGCGGCGUCCGCUGCUACGCGCCGCCCAACUCGUCCUACCACCGCGUCACCGGCGUGUCGCUCGACCCGGCGGGGUACUCCGGCACGCUCCCCACGACGGUCUUCGCCUCGCUCCCAUUUCUCGCGUUCCUAUCACUCGCCAGCAACCGCUUCCACGGCGCGCUCCCGGCGGGGGCCCCGCUGCAGCCGGGCCUCCGCGUCCUUGACCUCUCCGGGAACGCCUUCACCGGCGAGAUACCAGCGUCGUUCUUCACCCCGGCGUCGUCUCUCGAGGAGCUCUACCUCUCCCGCAACGCGUUCUCCGGCGGCAUUCCGCCGCAGGUCGCGUCCCUGGGGGCCCUGAAACGGAUGGAGCUGCAGCACAACGGCCUCACCGGGAGCCUGCCGCUUAUGGGCACGAUGCGCUCGCUCGCCUACCUCGAUCUGAGCGGCAACGCGCUGUCCGGCUCGCUCCUCGACGCGCCGGGACGGCUGCCGAGCUCGCUCGUCUCCGUCGUCGCGCGCAACAACAGCUUCGCCGGGCCGUUGCAGGCCGCGGCCCUGGCCGCGCUGCCGGCAAUGCGGGUGCUCGACCUCACGGGCAAUGCGGUGACCGGGGCAGUUCCCGGCGCCGCGUUCGCGCACCCGUCGCUGCAGCAGCUGCGGCUGGGUUCCAACCAGCUCGGCACUGUCGAGGAGGCGCCCGACGGCGGCGCGUCGAGCCAGCUCGUCGAGCUGGACCUCGGUGGCAACAGGCUCACCGGGCGGCUGCCCGGAUGCGUCGCGGCGAUGCCGCGGCUCGCGGUCGUCGGGCUUGACCGGAACCGGUUCACCGGCGGCGUACCGAACCAGUACGCCGCCCGGGCGACGGCGGAUGGGCCCACCGACAAGUGGGUCCCAUUUGUCAGGCUGAUGCUGCAGGGGAACUAUCUGUGUGGGGCCCUGCCGAGCCAGCUGAGGCAGCUGAAGGACGAAGGCGCGGUGGUGAGCUUGGCGGACAACUGCUUGCCGAGGUGUCCGCACAAGUUCUCCUUCUGCCAAGGGGCCCCGCAGAAAAGCAAUGCCACGUGUCCGAAAUGCUACCCAUGAAAUAAUUUUUUUUUCUGUGAAUAAGAUAUGCCAUUGACUGUAGAUAAAUUCUUGUUUGUGUUUCAGUUUUAGAAUUUCGAUGUUAUCGACGGGAAAUAAAUGUAAUAACGUGGAAAUGUGCCACAGUAACCCGCUUGAAUGGAUGUGUUGAAUGGUUGUACUAAAC